AUGGGGCUCCUGAGCCGAUUGCAGGCUGUUCUUCUCUUCUGGGUGGUAUGGGAGGGGUGCUGUGUUGACCUCCUUGGGUUCCCUGAAAGCCCCUUCCCCUGGGCUCAGCGGGAUUUGGGGCAGACUCCACCCCCGGCUGUGACUGUGCGCUGUGAGGAGGCUCUGCUGGUGGUGACCGUGCAGAGGGACCUGUUCGGGACCGGACGGCUGGUCCGGGCUGAGGACGUGACGCUGGGCCUGGCUGCCUGUCCCCCUAUGGACUCUGACCCCAUGGAUACCACUGUCACCUUUGAGAUUGGGCUCCAUGAGUGUGGCACGGAGCUGCAGAUGACAUCGGAUUCGCUGAUCUACAGAACCGUCCUCUACUACAGCCCGAGCCCAGCCCGGAACCCCCUUAUAAUGAGGACCAACCCGGUGUCCGUCCCCAUCGAGUGCCGCUACCCCAGGAAGGACAAUGUGAGCAGUAGAGCCAUCCAGCCCACCUGGGUUCCCUUCCACUCCACGCUGUGGGCAGAGGAGAGGCUGGGCUUCUCCCUGCGUCUCAUGACCGAUGACUGGAGCAUGGAGAGGAGCUCCCUGUCCUUCCAGCUGGGGGAAAUCCUCCACAUCCAAGCUGAUGUCCAGACUGGCCACCAUGUGCCACUCAGGCUCUUUAUUGACCACUGUGUGGCCACCCCAACUCCAGACAAGGCUUCCACCCCUCAGUACAGGAUCAUCGACUUCAAUGGGUGCCUGGUGGACGGGAGAUGGGAUGAGGUCUCCUCGGCAUUCCUCUCCCCCAGACUCCAAGAGGACACCCUGCGCUUCAGGGUUGAUGUGUUCAGCUUUGCCGGAGAGCUGGGGAACCAGAUCUUCAUCACCUGCCACCUGAAAGUGACUGCUGUGGACCAGACCCCCGAUGCCCUGAACAAAGCCUGUUCCUAUGACCGAGCAACUGCUAGCUGGGCUCCAGUGGAGGGAACGAGCACCAUCUGCAACUGUUGUGAGCUGGGGAACUGCAAAUCCAUCCACCGGGCCAGGAGACUUGGCCCUGAAGGCAGGAGCGGGGGAAGGCGCCAGAGGCACGUGGCUUCUGGCCUCCCUUCAGAAAGGGAAACUGAGGCUGAUGUGGUGCUCGGACCACUGGUCAUCUCGGACGUGAGCAGAAACGGGGAGUCUCUCCAGGUCAAGCCGAAGGAAUCUGCCCCCAAAUCACCCCUAGGUGUUCCCCUGGAGCUGAUCCUGGCCCUGCUGUCAAUGAUCGGGGCUGUAGCCCUAAUCCUCAGCAUCUUCCUCCUCCUCAGACACAAGCCCGGCUCCCCGUUGUGAUCGGCCCUUCCUUCGCAAUAAA